GGUGGGCGGGGCCUGCGGGCCGGCGCGGGCGCUGAUUGGCCGCUGCCGGCGGCGGCUCCGCUGUUGCUGAGGGGAAGCGCGAGGGGCCCGGACGGGGCCGGAGGCGCCGGGAGCGGCCGCCGGGACCCCGCGGCGCCGUCCCGGCGGGAGGACGAUGAAGCCAGCGAGGAAGGCCGGCGGCUCCUCCUCUUCCUCCUCCUCCUCCUCCUCCUCCUCGUCCUCCUCAGCCCCCCGCGCCGCGCUGCCCCCUCCGGGCCGCCCCAAACCCCCCAAACCCGACGAGGACUCCCCCUCCCCCCUUCCCCCCUCCUCCUGUUCCUCCCCCCAGCCCCCCCCGGAGGACCCCCCCCCUCCCAGCCGCAAGACCACCACCUUCAAAUCGCGCGCCCCCCGCAAGAAACCGCCCCCGACCCCCGGCGAGGAGCCCGGGGACCCUCUGGGCUACCCGGAGCCCUCCGGUGGCGACCCCGGCGGCGGCAGCGGCUGCUCCAGCACCGACACGGCCAGCGAGCACUCGGCCGACGAGGGCGGCGGCGGAGGAGGAGGAGGAGGAGGAGGAGGAGGAGGAGGAGGAGGAGGAGGGGGCGCCCCGGCCCCGCUGCCGAUCCCGGCGACCCCCGGGGACCCCCCCGAGCUGGAGGCGGCGUUCCGGCGGCUCCGCUGCCAGCGCGUCCUGGCGCGGCGCGACGGCGUUUUCCGGCCGGCCGUGGUCAAACAGCUCCGCCGCGGCCACGAGCUGGGCGUGCAGUUCGCCGGGGACCGCGGGGUGACGUUUUUGGAGGGGGGGUUCCUCCUGGGGGACCCCCCGGCCGUGGUGUUGGACGCCACCCCGCCGGCGGGAGCGCUGGGGGUGGGCACGGCGGUGUGCGCCCGGCUGGACCCCGCCGAGACGCUGUACCGGCCGGGCACGGUGGUGGAGGUGAGCGCCAAGCCGCCCUCGUACCGGGUCCGCUUCGCGCCGCCGCCCCCCGCGCCCCCGGUCUGGGUGCCGCGCUCGGGGCUCCGCCUGCUGCGACCCCCGUGGCCGCCCCACGCCCACGGAGACCCCACCGGGACCGGGGCUGAGGAUGAGGAGGAUGAAGCCGCCGCCGCCGCCGGCCCGAGACAAGCGGAGGACGCCGAAGUCUCCAAACUCAGCGCCGGACCCGCCCCGCGCCCCGGAGCGGCUGCACCGACCGCGGGAACCCCCCAGAACGCGGCCGGGGGGACCCCCCAACCCAAAUACAAAAAGGGGGACGUGGUGUGCACCCCCAACGGGAUCCGCAAGAAGUUUAACGGGAAGCAGUGGCGGCGGCUCUGCUCCCGGGACGGCUGCACCAAAGAGUCGCAGCGCCGCGGGUUCUGCUCCCGCCACCUCUCCAUGCGCACCAAGGAGCUCGAGGGGCUCCCCGAGAGCCGCGGGGGACCCCCGGGACCCCCGAGCCAGCGCGGCGGCAGCGCCGACUUCGAAUGGGGCGACGAAACCUCCCGGGAGAGCGACGGCGACGGCCGCGCCCGGCUCGGCGGGGCGGCCCCGGUUCCGCCCAACCCGGACCUGUCCCGCUUCGAGUUCGACGAGUGCGAGGCCGCCGUGAUGCUCGUGUCGCUGGGCUCGUCCCGCUCGGGCACGCCGAGCUUCUCUCCCGCCUCCACGCAGUCCCCCUUCUCGCCCACCCCGUCCCCGUCCCCGUCGCCGCUGUUCGGUUUCCGCCCCGCCAACUUCAGCCCGGUCACCGCCUCGCCCCGCGCCCGCGGGCGGCACCUGAGCGCCGGGACGCCGCGGCCCGGGGAGGGGCUGAGCCCCCCUCCGCCGCCCCCGCCGCCGCCGCCGCCCCCGCCCCGGCCCCGGCCGCCCUCGGGGGUCCCGCCGGUGUUCCAGCCCGGGCUGCCGUUCCCGGUGCCGCUGAGCCCCGGCAAGCGCAAGGCGGAGGCGGCGGCGCUGGCGGAGCCCCCGGAGGGCGGCGGCGGCCCGGUGGGCACGGGCGGGGGGAUGUUCCGGGCGCUGUCCCCUCUGUUCGCGCCCCGCUCCCCCGCGGGGCUCACGGCGGACCCCGGCCCCGGUGCCCGGCGGGUCCCGGCGGUGCCGCGGGGCUCUCCGGUGAUCGUCCGCAACCCCGAGGUGCCGCUGCCCGACCCUCCGCGGCCGCGCCCGCUGCCCCCUCCCCAAAAACCCACCCUGGCCGCGCCCGUGCCCAUCAACGCGGGCCGCCUGCGCCCCCCGAGCCGCCCCCCGGCAGCGCCCCCCGGGCCCGGCGGCACCGAGCGCGGGGGUCCCGCCGCGCCCCCCGCCCCCACCGCCGCCGCUUUCGGGGGUCCCCCCCUGCACCCCGUGGCCUUCCACCCCUCCCCCGCCGCGCUGCUGCCGCUGCUCGUGCCCGGAGACUUCGGGACCCCCCCGGCCCCCCGAAAGGAGAUCGUCAUGGGCCGGCCCGGCACCGUCUGGACCAACGUGGAGCCGCGCUCGGUGCCGGUGUUCCCGUGGCACUCGCUGGUGCCGUUCCUGGCCCCCAGCCAGCCCGACGCCGCCCCGCACCCCCCGGCCGGCCUGCAGCCCGUCAGCCACCUGCCCCCCGCCGCUGCGGCCAGCAAAGAGCCGCCCGAGUCGGCGGCGGUGGCCCCCGAGCCGGGGGGGCCGGGGCAGGAGCCGGGGCGCUGCGGGGGGGCCACGCGCCCGCCCAGCCCCCCCCCGGCCGCGCCCCCCGCCCCGCCCCCCGCGGCCACCGCCCCGCCCCCCGAGGAGGAGCCGCCCACGGGGGGCGCCCGGCCCGACAGCGAGAACGAGAGCGACCACGACGACGCGUUCCUGUCGUCCAUCGUGGCGCCGGAGCUGCCGCUGCCGUUGGCUCCGGGGAAGCGCCGGACGCAGUCGCUGAGCGCGCUGCCCAAGGAGGGCGACAAGGACGGCCGCAGCCCCGGCAAGCGGGAGAAGGACCACAUCCGGCGGCCCAUGAACGCCUUCAUGAUCUUCAGCAAGCGGCACCGGGCGCUGGUGCACCAGCGGCACCCGAACCAGGACAACCGCACGGUCAGCAAGAUCCUGGGCGAGUGGUGGUACGCGCUGGGGCCCCGCGAGAAGCAGCAGUACCACGACCUGGCCUUCCAGGUGAAAGAAGCGCAUUUCAAAGCCCACCCGGACUGGAAAUGGUGCAACAAAGACCGGAAAAAAUCCAGCUCGGACGGGGGGAGGGGCCCGGGCGGGCCCGGGGGGGUCCCCAAAGAGCCCCGAGAGCGAAGCGCCUCCGAGAGCGGCCCCCCCGCGCCUCCCCCAGGUGCCGCCGACCCCUCCCCCCCCGAGGCCAAGGGGGGGGUCCCGGGGGGUCCCGGGGGUGGGGGAGGGGCCGCCCCGCCCCCCCCGCCCCGCCCCCGCGCCUUCUCCCACAGCGGCGUGGGGGGAGGGGCCGACCCCCGCGCGCCCCCCCUGCACGAGCUCAGCCAGCUGUGCUCGGGCCCGGCCCCGUUCGGGGCGGCCAAGGCGGGGGGUGGGGGAGGGGCGGCCCCGUACGCGCCCCUCCCCCCGGGCCGCGCCCCUCCCCCCCGGGCCGUGCCCCUCCCCCCGCGCUCGGCGCAGAGCGAGAGCGACGAGGAGCGGAUGGUGAUCUGCGAGGAGGAGGGCGACGAUGACGUCAUCGAGGACGGGUUCGCCCCUCCCCCGCCCGAGAUCGACCUCAAGUGCAAAGAGAGAGUGAGCGACAGCGAGAGCGAGGGGGAGGGGCUGCAGGCCCCCCCCCGGAGGCUGUUCCCGCCGGCGCCGCCCCGCCCCCCCCGGAGCUGGAGCCCCCCCCGGGCCCCCCCGAGCCGCCCCCCCCCGGCCCCUCCCCCUACAAGGGGCCCCCCCCCGCCCCCCAAAAACGCCCCGAGGGCGCCGCCCCUCCCCCUCCCCGCCGGAAACGGGCCGAGAGCGCUGAGGGUGGGGGAGGGGCCCGGCCCGCCCCCGCCCCUCCCCCCACCCCUCCAAAAACCCAAAUCCCCCCCAAAACCCCCGCCCCCCAACGGGCCCCUCCCCCUCGGCAUCACGCAGGUGCAGUACAUCCUGCCCACCCUGCCCCUCCCCCACGGCAAAGGCCCCGCCCCCGGCCCCGCCCCCAGCCAGGGCCCCGCCCCCGGCCCCGCCCCCUCCCUGCACUUCGCCCUGCCCCCGCCCCAGAACGGGAAAGCCCCGCCCACAACGGCGGGGGGGGCCGGAGGCUCCGCCCCCAAAGCCCAGCCCUCCCCCCCGGGCCAGGCCCCUCCCCCCGCGCCGCUGCUGCCCGGGAAGGUUCUGGUGCCCGUGGCCCCGCCCGGCCCCGCCCUGACGCCCUUCGGCCCCCCCGGCGCCGCCCCUCCCCCCGGCAAGGUGCUGCUGCCCCCCGCCCGCAUCGCCUACGUGCACCCCGCCCCUCCCCCCGCCCCUCCCCCGCCCGUGCUCGGCUUCACCGCCCUCGGCCCGGGGGGGGGCGCUGGCCAGGGGUCGCUGCUGGGCCCCGCCCCCGUGGGGGUCUCGGCCCUGCCCCCCCCCCAGCUGCCCCCCCCCAGCUCGGGGGGUCCCGUCCUCGCCGCCAUCUACCCCGGGGGGCCCGGCCCCGCCCCCGGCCCCGCCCCCGCGCCCGGAUUGGUCUACAGCGUGGCUGGCUCCGCCCCCCCGGCCCCGCCCAUCCUGCCCAAGGCGGCCCCGCCCCCAACCCCGCCCUGGGGGCUGCAGCCCCCCUGCCCUUCCCCCCCCCGGCCGCCCCGCCCCCCCCCGAAGCCCCCCCAGAAGGUGAAGGCCGCCCUGGCCACGAUUCCCGUGGGGGGAGGGGACACCCCGCCCCGCCCCCCUCCGCCCGACCCCCCCCCCCCCCCCUGCCCCGCCCCCCCUGCCGCCGCCUCCCAUCCCCCGCCGCCCCCCGCCCCCCCCCGCCCCCACCGCCGCCCCUCCCCCGCCCUCGGCCCCGCCCCCCUCCCCCCCCAGCGCCGAGGCCUGGAGCCAGCGGGAGCCAGUGGGGGAGGGGCCGCCCAGCCCCGCCCCCCCCGACGCGGUGCCGAGCGGUGGGCCCCGCCCCCCGAGGCCACGCCCCCCGCCGGCCCCUCCUCCUCCUCCUGCUCCGCCCCCUCCCCGCCGGCCCCGCCCCCCGCCGAGGGCGGAGCCAAGAAGGCGAAGCUCCGCCCCCCACCCCUGAAAAAAACCUUCGACUCCGUGGACAGGGUGCUGUCGGAGGUGGAUUUCGAGGAGCGCUUCGCGGAGCUGCCGGAGUUCCGGCCCGAGGAGGUGCUCCCCUCCCCCACCCUGCAGGCCUUGGCCACCUCCCCCCGCACCAUCCUGGGCAGUUACCGCAAGAAGCGCAAGAACUCCGCAGAGCCGGAGCCCCCCGGGGACGACCCCUCCUCCCCCAAACGGGCGAAGCUGCGGCGCCGCUCGAGCUGCGGCUCCGAACCCACCACCCCAAAAAGCGCCAAGUGCGAAGGGGAGAUCUUCACCUUCGAGCGGCCAGGGGGGGAGGGCGAGGACGUGCUGGGGGAGCUGGAGUACGACAAAGUGCCGUUCUCGUCGCUGCGGCGCACGCUGGACCAGCGCCGCGCCCUCGUCAUGCAGCUCUUCCAGGAGCACGGCUUCUUCCCCUCGGCCCAGGCCACGGCGGCGUUCCAGGCGCGCUUCGCGGACAUUUUCCCCACCAAGCUCUGCCUGCAGCUCAAGAUCCGCGAGGUGCGCCAGAAGAUCAUGCAGGCGGCCACGCCCACCGACCCGGCCCCGCCCACCGAGCCCGACGGCCCCGCCCCCUCGGCCGAGGCCCCGCCCCCCGCGGCCCCGCCCCCCGCGCCCUCCUCCUGCUCUGACCCCGCCCCCUCCGCCGAGGCCACGCCCCCCUCGCCCCCCGCGGGCGGGGGCGGGGCGCGCUGAGCCCUCCCUGGCCACGCCCCUUUUUUGGGUGGCUCCUCCCCCUUUUCCCUCGGGUGGGCGGGGCCGGGCGGGGUCACGUGACCGUUUUAACAAAUGGGAAUCUUUGGA